GCAUAACCCUCCUCAAACAGCGUGUCCUUACAGUAAAAUUGGACCAAAAAAGCACCACAUCCUGGGCUGCUCAAAAAGCACAUGCACCCACAGGACUGCACCACCUGGAAGCAUCCUGCCAUGCAGAUUCUUUUCCUGCAAGGUAUGCUGUUAAAUACAGACCUAAUACCAACAACCACCUUGGCACAUCUGUUAAGGAAUCCAGUCAUACUUUUCACAUGUUGCAGAUACAUAUAGUUCCCAGAGGAUUUUAAGCAGAUGAAUAAAGUCUAGGAUACCAGUUACAUUCAAGGACAUGUACAAUUGUUCAGCUUUCCUAUGCUGUUUUGACAUAAAGGUGCAUUUUGUUUGAUUUUCCUGCCAUUGUAAUUUUGAAAAAUUGGUAUCUUCUAGGCUUAGGUAAAGUGUCAGGAGCAAACUGCAGGGAGAGAUCACCUAGGGUGGAGGCAAAGUGUCCAAACUGAUGGUGCCAGCCUGUGACCUGUCUCAAAAAACACUUGACUUUUCUGUGUUGACCAGUAGGUCAUGGUUUCCAUCAUAUAAUAUGAUGCUCACAUCUUCUAAACUAUAUUUUAAAAGCAGGAAGGAGCAAAAGUCCCUUCCAAAAGGAAGCAAAAUACAUCCAUAGACCUUUUGCACAAGAACCUUCUGAAAUCAGAGCAAAAAAACUGGAAUAACAUUUCACCAACAUACAAAGCUAUGACAAAGAGGAUCAAAGGAAAACUGGAAGAAUUGCACAACAUGUAUACACUCAAUUCAAGAAGCCCAAGGAUGAGGUUUGGAGAGAAUGUGUACUUCGAAGAGAAUGGCUGCAUAUUUCUUGCAAAAGCAGAUGAUGGUGAAGGAAAUGCUAAGAUUUUAUUCAGUGUUGAAGAUCUUGGCUUUUCUGAUGCCUUUAUUCAACGGAUCAGAAUUUCAUCAGAUCAGAGAUACAUGGCCAUCAGCUUAAAAAGUGAAAAUUCUGAAGAGGCAACCUGCAUUAUUAUAAAACUUGGUAAUCUUCCUGUAAUGGAAAAAGUAAUUCCAAGUGUAUUUAGCUUUGAAUGGGCUGCAAAUGAUGUUCUGUAUUACACAACUCAGAAGAAUCUUAAAUGCCAGAAUGUAUUCAUGACCACUUUCACAUACCAGAAACAUACUAAGUUAGUUUAUACAGAACAAGAUGCAAGAUUCUUUGUAGACCUUUAUUGCACAAAAGACAGGCAUUUUCUCACUAUCAACAGCAACAGCAAGACAACCUCAGAAGUUUGGCUGGUUGACUGCAGACGUCCCUUUGAGUCACCUGCUCUUGUACAAGCACGAACCACGGGGGUCCUUUACCACGUCGAGCACAGAAAGGAGCAGUUGUACAUUCUUACUACAUAUGGAGAACCUGCAGAAUAUAAGUUGAUGAAGGCACCAGUAGCUUCCAGUGGCAAGGAGAACUGGCAGUUAGUUUAUGCACCGGAAAAGAAAACCAAGCUAAUAGACUUUGAGAUGUUCAGUGAUGACUGUAUUAUGUUCCUGAAGAACGCUGGUCAUCUUUACUUAAAUGUGAUUUCUUUUGUUUCACACUCAGUUCAGUCGAUAAAGCUACCUACGUGGGCCUGUGAAUUUGAAUUGGAAUCUCAUCCUGAACAUACCACCAGCACCUGCUAUUUUCAGCUCUCCUCCCCAGUACACCCCCCUAAGCGUUUUGCAUAUUCAUUUAAAGAAAAUAAUCUCAUUGAACAAGCUGUGCAAGAGGUACCAAUUAUUACGAAUUGUCACACUACACGUUUACUAGCUAAAAGCAAGGAUGAAACUUUGGUGCCAAUUACAGUUUUCCAUAAUAAGAAUUCUAAAGAACUACACAGGAGACCACUUCUAGUUCAUGUAUAUGGAGCUUAUGGCAUAGAUUUGAACAUGAGCUUUAAAGAAGAGAAGCUGAUGUUAAUUGAAGAGGGUUGGAUAUUAGCAUAUUGCCAUGUUAGGGGUGGAGGAGAGCAGGGCCUUAGCUGGCACAGAGAUGGAUGUCAGCAUAAUAAACUCAAAGGUCUCCAUGACCUCAGGGCUUGCAUCAUGCUGCUGCACCAACUGGGAUUUUCUCAACCCAAACACACAGCACUGGCAGCUGCCAGUGCUGGGGGAGUUCUCGCAGGAGCCCUGUGCAACACAGAUCCAGCACUGAUCAGAGCCAUGGUUUUACAGGCUCCUUUCGUAGAUGUUCUAAAUACAAUGAUGAAAACUCAUCUCCCACUGACAAUUGAGGAACAAGAAGAAUGGGGAAAUCCAUUAGAAGAUGAAAAAUGUAUGAAGUAUAUCAAAAACUAUUGCCCGUACCAGAAUAUUAAGCCACAGUGCUAUCCAUCAGUUUUUAUCACGGCAUAUGAAAAUGACGAACGGGUACCACUAACAGGAAUUUUACAGUAUGUGCAGAAACUCAGGAAGGCUGCACUAGAUCAUGCCAGCAGAGCGAGUAAGAAAGGAAAUUGGAUUCCUAAUAUCAUCCUAGAUGUCCAGGCAAAUGGCAGUCAUUGUGAUUCAUCCUGGGAGCACUCACUGCAUGAGGUUGCAAGACAUCUUGCUUUUCUGAACAGAGAACUUGAGGAAGUGUGCCAUCCCCAGCAUCACAGCAAAUCCUGCAAAUAACUCCUAAACACACUGACCACCUGAAAAACUUUGGUCAGAUUUGGAUUUGUAUGGAAAGCAAACACCUUCUCCAGAGGAUCUCUUCUCUCGGAUCCCUGCUUUAUGGGCACAAGCACACAAAGCUGGGUGUGGCAUUGCCUUAAAAAAAAAUACAGACCAAGAAUUGGAUUUCUGCCCUGCCAGGCUGUGCAGAAGCAGGUGCCAGCAGAAGUGAGUUUGUCCAGCAGCUCUGUUCAGUGAGCCAGCGGAGCAGCACUACAGGAGCAGAGCUGGAGCACAUAGAGCCUCACAGGAGAGCCACAGGCACUUGGCACAGGCAUCUCUUGCAAGGUACAUCUUACACAAGGCAGCAGAACUCUUCUGAAGCAUCUGACAUUCAAGUCUCUACUUCCAGAACUAGUUCCCAUAUGUAGGUGAUGGUGAUUGCUGCCCUCCCUAUCUGCGCAGCAGCCCUGGUGUACUGAUCAUGUGGUGGGACUGACCAAACUGCAGAGAAAAGCACUCUCAAGAAUGGGAGUUUGAGCAGAACUGUGAUCUGAAUACAUUAAAAAUCUUGCCUACCUACCUUACCUCUUGUUAUCUUACUUAGAAUGGUAAUCUUAAGAAGGAGGUGACAGAUCCCUCAGGAGGACAAGAUCAAUGUGUCAGAAGAUACCAGAGUAUCUCCAGAGGGUAAAAACAAAAAGAAUGACCCCACUAAAGCAGCCUGAUUCAUAGCUUAGCUGCCCUCUGAGCAAGGCACAAAUCUGCUGUGCAUUGCUUGUUAAAAGAGAUGUGUGAUGCACACCUAGGGCCACAUCAACCACUGCAGGU